AUGAGCGAUCAUGAUCGGAACUCACCCGUCCAGCAGAGCUAUGAUCUCACGAAAGGACUCAAGCGUUUCACGGACUGGAGCGUUUCGGACACGCAAAGCUUUGAAAACUCUGGGAAGAAGUACUCACUGAUCACGAAAAUGAUCGCUGAAUUUCUCGGCGACUUCACCUUCGUUUUCGUAGGAACGAUGCAGGCUGUUGUGGUGACAGGCUCGUCAAAUCAAAGUAUUGUUGCUGACAACAUCGUUCACGCCGCACUAGCCCACGGUUUCACCAUUUUUAUACUUGUGGCGGCUCUUGGACAUAUAAGUGGUGGUCAUUUCAACCCCGCAGUUUCAUGGGCAGUAGCGGCAGUCGGCAAAAUGCCAUUUUAUCAUGUACCGUUCUACUGGUUCGCGCAGCUGCUUGGGGGGUUCUGCGGGUCGCUGUACUCCGUUCUUAUAAUGACCCAACAACAACUUGACUCUUCGUUUGCUGGUGCCACGCUUCUCAAUCCGGAUAAUAAGUGGUGGGAGGGUAUGAUGAGUGAAGCCGUGGUCACGUACUUCCUCUGCCAUACCAUACUUUUAACCGCAGCUGAUACCGACACAAAUAUCUUGGCACCACUUGCAAUCGGUCUCACACUCAGCAUCGACAUCCUGUCUACUGGAUUGAUCACUGGAGCGUCAAUGAACCCAGCCCGGUCGCUUGGACCAAACAUUGUCGGCCAGAUAUUUCUUGAUUCAAAUUCAAUUCCGGCACAUUUUUGGACCUAUCACUACAUCUAUUGGGCUGGUCCGUUCAUGGGCGCUGCUGUAGCCGUCGUAUUGUACAAACUUUUCGAAGCUCGAGAAGAUCGACUGAUCAGAUGA